UACAGCUUGGGCGAACAAACUAUGUAGGACGUAAAACAGAUGAGCAAUAUUACAGGCUUUUUAAAGCUUUUUUCGUUUUAUGCUUUAACAAAUAGCAAUUUGCUCUUACAUAUGAUUGUGAUGCACUUACGUUGCGUAAAGUUUUUUCUCAUUUCUGUUUCCGAGCAAUGAGCGAUUGUCCUUCAAAUACGCCAAAGCGGCAAAAAAUUGUGGAACGCUUGAAACAACGAAUCGAUUGCUUUCGUAAACGUCACGAUAGCUGCGAAGCACGACUCGAAGAAACUCAUUCAUCAAGAGAACAAAAGCAACUAUUGGACAGUCGCAGAUGUCAAGAGAAAAUCUUAGAAAACAAAACAAAGAUGAACGGUAAAAUUCGUCCCGAACCAACAAGUAAAAUUGCCGUAAAACUCGAGGAAAAUGAGUGCAAAUCGUCUUCAAAUGCAGUAGGAAAGAGUAUGAGCUUGCAGUCGAUUCAGACGAAAAGAAAGCUCACACAAAAUGAUGAAACAGAUCGACAAAAUAAUGAAGAUUUAUCAACCACAGUACCAGCAAAAUACAGUCGCUUUGAGAACCCUAGUGAUGUUCAUUGCAACGUGACUCGUUUCAAUUCACUCGAUGACUCCGAGCAACAUAUCGCAUCUUCUAGCAAUACUAUUUCGUAUUCUACCAUUAAUGGCCAUACCUCUGAUUUUGUGAAACAAGAAAUCUCAAAAUCAUCAAUCUACACUAACGCGUCUUGUCAAAACAUUGAACAGACGCCAGCGCGAGUUUCGCAACAGUUCAACGGUCCUGAUUUUGCUAAAUCGACUUUCCCUAACCAUAAUCAAGUAAGUGAUACUUUAAGAGCUUCCGAUGAGGCUGUUAAGCAAGAAAGCAUUAGUGAGGAAAAGACAGGCAGUGCUGUUUUAUUAACACCUAACGGGUUUUUAAAUCCAAGUCGCACAAGAACAGACGAAAAUUUUCGGUUAAUGACAGACGGAGAUGGUAGUAAUGCUCCAUCAACUCGUGGUAAUGAUGACGAUCUUGAAAAUCAGCUGAGUUACUUUGAACGUGUUUUGCAAGGAAUUAAAAGCCGAGAUGAGAGUUCAAAUGAGGCAGAUGUUACUUCAAAUGACAGGAUGGCUAAUAUGCUUGGUUCGACUUUAGUAAAUAGUAGCUUGAGCGAAAUACCUGAAAAAAAAGCUAAUCAAUUAACUGUUGAUAAUAAUCCACUGGUACAAACUACUUCUUCUCAACAGUAUGGUAUUUCACGAUCUACAGCACAAGCACUGCAGCAAAGACUUGCUAGCAAAGUACGUUAUGAGAGAAGUGUGCCAUUAAAUACAAAUGUUGAACAAAAUAUCUUGGCAUCAACUGCAGCUACUAAUUCUCCAAGAUUAUCGUAUCCUCCAACACGACUUCAUGUUUUACAGCAGCUUCAAAGAAGAUCAAGUUUACACAUUUCAAGAAAAAUUCCUGGUACAACUACUCAAGCACUUCAGGCACGAAAUCCAGCAAUGACUUCAUUAGUUAAUAAUUAUUCAAUGCAAAAUAAUAAUGUUCAAUUUUCUGGUGUAGCAACUAAUCCCCAGCAGAAUAUAUCUGCUUUAUCACAUGCAAGUGGAAGGAUUCCCCAAAACCUGUUGAUGCGUCAGCCACUGCAGCAAGGACAAAUGCCUAGUCUACCUCGACAUCAAAUGAAUAUGGUUGCACAGCGGGUUGCACAGCAGCAAAAAUUACCAUUUGCCCAACAAAUAACUAAUGGUUUACCUUCGUAUUCUCAUGCACAACAAUUAUCAAGGUCUUCAGCUAUUGAUCAAAGACAAAAAUUUUCAGGUGGUAUUUCAUCAACACAAGUCAAUCAAUUGCAAUCCAGCCGGGCAUUAUCUCAUUUACAACAUUUUAAUCCACCACAAUAUGGAAAUCAUUCAGCUUUGCCAAAUCGACCAGUAAGAUUCCCAAGAGAAUAUUCUAGUUAUGCUUAUCAGUUCAAUCAGGAAAACAAAUUACAUUCACAUUUUCAAAGAGCAUCAAGCAUAGAUGAUUCUAUGAUGAAAGGUAGAUUCCAUGGCUUAGAUAUUAAUCGAAGAAAUACUUUUACCUUUCAAAGGAGUAGUAGUGUACCAAAUCAUGCCCACAACAGUGUUUUUAAUCAAUCUUCUCUCGUUCGACAUGAUCAAAGUAACUCAAACUUAUCAGACAUGAAUAAUAAUGGUAGUGAACAUAUGACCAAUCAAGACAUGACUCGGGUCCAUGCUGCACAAGCAUCAUUAAAUCAUCUAAAACGACAGUUUGCUGCACAGUCAAAUAAUAUUCAUACCAUUAAUGCAGAACCAUUAUACCAAACUAACAAUGGUAUGAUACAAAACCACAAACCACAAGUACCCAAUAACCUACAAACUCCAUUAUCAAAUUCAUUUUCAAACAUGCUUGACAUGAAAUCUACCCAAGAUAACUCUCUUUUCCCUAUUCUUGGUCAAGAAUUAACAAGUGGACCUGCAGAAAACUCAGAUAUCGACUCCUUAUUAAAAACGCAACCUUCAGAAUUUGACUUGUUGAACUUAUUACAAGAACCACAGAAAGCUUUACAGUAAUAGCUACAAAAAUGUUUUAAUGAUUGCCAUUUUCUCUUUAAUAUUUUAUGAAAUAUUGUACAUUUUAUAUCAAUACUAUUUUUAAUUGUAAAAUCUAACUUAUUGUUUUUGAAAAACGGCCUUCAGAAUAGGGAUUUUACAAAAUUUAAAAGUAAACUACUUGCCUAACAUGUAAUAGUGUGAACAACAUUCCUUUCAGGAAUUGCAUUUAAUGAUAUUGUAGCAAUAAAAAGAUUUAAUUAAA